UGGUCAUGGAAGUGUUAAAGUUAAUACUGCUGCUGCUGCUGCUAAAAGAAUGCAGAGCACAGCUUAAUGUGUGCGGGAAGGCCCGUCUUAACCCGCGCAUUGUGGGCGGGAAUGAGGCCCAAGCAGGCGCGUGGCCCUGGCAGGCCAGCCUGCACAGGGACGGGGUUCACUUCUGUGGGGGGUCGCUCAUCAACAGUCAGUGGGUGCUGUCAGCCGCACACUGUUUUCAGAGCCCAGGAUCUGUAACAGUGAUUUUGGGUCUUGAGCGCCAGUUCGGUCUCAAUCCCAACGAGGUGCGCAGAGAUGUCCUGAAUGUCGUCAUCCAUCCCGACUACGAUGUUUUACCUUUCGACAGCGACGUGGCACUUUUGCGCUUUUCCCCACCCGUCACCUUCAACGACUUCAUCAGCCCCGUUUGUCUGGCCGCAGCCACAAGCACCUUCUUUACCGGAACUGAAAGCUGGGUCACCGGAUGGGGAAACAUCAAUUUCCAAGUUCCUCUGCCAUUCCCACAAAACCUGAUGGAGGUUGAUGUGCCAGUGGUAGGAAACCGUGAAUGUUAUUGCAACUACAGUAGCCUGAUAAAUAUCACCGACAACAUGAUUUGUGCUGGCCUGAAUGAGGGGGGAAAAGGCUCCUGCCAGGGUGAUUCAGGCGGUCCCUUGGUGAGCAAACAAGAGUCCGUGUGGGUCCAGAGCGGGGUGGUGAGCUUUGCUUUCAAAUGUGCCGAGCCCAAGUUCCCAACCGUCUUUGCAAGGGUGUCCCAGUACCAGGCUUGGAUCAGCAACCAAAUCGGUCCCGACAAUCUGCCGGGCUUUGUCACCUUCACAUCAGUGGGCACCGAUCCAGACCAGGAUGUGAGCUGCCCUGGCCUCCCUACACCACCCAACACCACCACUAGCCCCCCUACAAGCCCCACCAUCGACAAAACCAGCUCCCCUACCAGUCACACCAACACCGCAACAAGCCCUGGCACCAGCCCCAUAAUAACCACAACGCCACCCCCACUGUGCGGGAAGGCCCCUCUCAACACGCGCAUUGUUGGGGGAGAGGUGGCCCCCAUGGGCGCGUGGCCCUGGCAGGUCAGCCUGCACAUGAACGGGUUCCACUUCUGCGGAGGAUCACUCAUCAACAGUCAGUGGGUGCUGUCAGCCGCGCACUGCUUUGGCAGCCCUGGAAUUGUAACAGCAAUUUUAGGUCGUCAGCGCCAGCAGGGUCCCAAUCCUAAUGAGGUGCGCAAACAAGUUGCGAGGAUUGUUGUCCAUCCCUACUACAGCCGGAAAACCAACGACAACGACGUAGCCCUUUUGUUCCUUUCUACGCCUGUCAGCUACACCGAAUUCAUCGGGCCCGUCUGUCUGGCCGAAGCUACAAGCACCUUCUUUACCGGAACCGAAAGCUGGAUCACCGGAUGGGGAGACGUCAAAUUCGGAGAUCCUCUGCCACCCCCACAAGACUUGAUGGAGGUUGAUGUGCCAGUGGUAGGAAACCGUGAAUGUUAUUGCAACUACAGCAGCCUGAUAAAUAUCACCGAAAACAUGAUUUGUGCCGGCCUGAGUGAGGGAGGAAAAGGCGGCUGCCAGGGUGAUUCUGGCGGCCCCAUGGUGAGCAAACAAGGGUCCGUGUGGGUCCAGAGUGGGGUGGUGAGCUUUGGAGUACCUUGCUCUGUGCCAGAGUUCCCAACCGUCUUUGCCCGGGUGUCCCAGUACCAGGAGUGGAUUAGUAAUCAAACAGGUGUUGACAACUUGCCAGGCUUUGUCACUUUCAAAUCAUCAUGCACCGACCCAGAUCGAGCUGUGAGCUGUCCUGGGCUGCCUCCUGCACCCACCCACCCCAUUUGCCCCCCAAACAGCACCACCAUCAAUGUCACCGACCCUCCUAUAAGCCCCACCACUUCCCACACCUCGCCGCCCCCACUGGUAUUUUGUGGGAACGCUCCUUUGAACCCACGCCUGUCAAGCUCUGGGUCAGUGUCAGCCCAGGAGGGCCUCUGGCCCUGGAUGGUCAGUUUGCACUGGAACGGAAGUCACGUCUGCAGUGGCACUCUAGUAUCCGAGGCCGCCGUGCUCAGCAGCGCGCAAUGCUUUAACCGGUCCAGCACACCAUCUGAGUGGACCGUCUUCUUGGGUCGCUGGUGGCAUAAUGGCCCCAACAGCCAUGAGACAGAAAUGCACGUGACCAACAUCACAACAAGUACACUGUCUGGUCAAAACGUAGCAAUCCUGCAUUUGGCGGCUCGGCCAAUGCUGUCCAACUUUAUCCAACCCAUCUGCAUGGAAAGCGGGCAGACCUUCGCCAUUGGGUCCACCUGCUGGGUCGCCGGAUGGAGCGCGAGCAAUGGAGGAGAAGAGCAAGUCUUGCAUGAGGUCAAUACAUCACUGAUUGACUGCGGGAGCAGCUCAUCCGCUGAGAACAUUUGUACAGGACCUCUAGGGCUGGACCAGGAAGACACCGGUGGUCCCUUAAUGUGCCAGUUAGAUGGCUUCUGGUACCAAGUGGCGGUGCUGUGGUCCAACAGCAGUGGGAACGUUAGACAAGUGGGACGAGAGGCACAAAUGACAGUUUUCCCCAAACUUAAUAACUAUGAAUCUUUCUUGAGAACGGAGGUGGGGGACUUUUUGUCACCUAGAGGACCCACUACGGUUGCGCCCACAACUGUUGCACCUGCUGCACCUGCGACCAACACCCCCCUCGCGGUCCCUACUCGCACAGUUGCUGUCCCUAGCGGCUCCUCAGCACCACAUCUCCUCAGGUGGCUUCUAGUGGGUGGCGUAGGAGUGCAUGCCACCUUUUUGAUUCAAUUCAAUUGAAGCCAGAACUAUUUAAUGUAAUGCAUCUCUGGCUUCUUUUCUCUGAUAACUGAUUAAUUAUAUUUGGUACAGUAAAUUGUACUGGUGUUGUAAACUUCAAGACCAGUCUUGACAUGGAUACCAUAAUUUAAGGGUCUUGGUCUUGUUUGGGUCUGAAGUCCCAAAAGUUUCGGAGCAGUCCUGGUCUCAGACAAGCCAGCAGGGUGGACUCCAGAUUUUAUGUCCAGACCAGCUCUUCAACUUGAUUCAUUUGAUUUUACAGAAAGAUACUUGGUAAAUAAAAAAAAUAUCCCAUUCAAUUAUUGUGUGACUAACAUUCCACUACCCCUGUAAAUGACUGUUAUAAUCACAACGUAAAAUUUCUUUUGAUAAAUAAAUUUGAUUUUUAUUGUUCUGA